AUGUGCCGCCGAAGGAGCGUAGGGCGGAAAUUCUUCGGUGUUUUGAAGAGACCAUGGUCCGACUUCCACGACGGACACUGGGUGAAGCGCGUCGAGGCGAUGAUUCCGUCCAGUGAGGGUGGCUCCGCUAGCGCAAGUAUCGUGCAGACCAAUGUCAGAACUAGCGGGAGCAUGUGCGAGCUCGCCGCGACGUGCAAGAAGGCGAAGACAGCACAGCCGAAGCCGACGCUGAACUUCUUCGCGAGCGCGUGCGCCGGGCUCGCGCUCGGUGCGCUCGCCGCGGCGAAGGGGAACCCGGAGGCGCCUGGCAUGUCGCCGGCGUCGCACUCGGGCUCGAGAAAGGGGAUGUCGUCGGGCAUGGACGAGCCGAGCGAGGCGGAGCGGUGCAACCCGGCGGCGCUGUUCGCGCUCUCGGAGCAGGCGCUCGGGCUGGCGGAGCGCACGGCGGCGUACGACAUCAACUCGGCGGGCGCGAUGAUCUUGCAGUUGUUGUAUCUGCUGCACUGUUGCCCGGGCGGGACGAGCGUGCAGCAGGGCGUGUUCCCGUUGGCGAGUCGUCUCGCGUGCUGCGUUGGUCUGGUGACGGUGCUGGCGGUGGGGAAGAUGAUCAACGUGGCGAGGAUGAUGGGCCUCGCGAACGAGCCUGACAAGUUCUCGGGGACGUACUCCUUGUUUGAUGCCGAGGCGCGGAGGAGGGUGUGGUGGGAUGUGUUAUACUACGACCUCUUCGUUUCUGACUGCAUGGGACACCCGUCGUUGAUGCCCGAUAAAUCUUUUACGACGCGUCUGCCCGCGGACGUGGACGAAGACGCGUUCGGCCCGAGUUCAACGAAACUGCGUGGUGUCUCAGAGACUGGUGAUGGAGCAGACAAGGGCUAUGCGUACCUCCCCAAGGCGACGGUCGACCUGGAGGGCAUGGCGUUCAGUCACGGAGGGCACCUCAUGUCGAACAAGAAGUGCAAGCUGCCGGAGGGAUCGUUCAAGCGGUCAAAGAAGGGAUACGAGGAGAUCCACGACCCGGCGCCGAAGCAGAAGCCGCUGGCCCCGGACGAGCUGGUGCCCGUCACGGCAUUGCCAGAGUGGGCGCAGCAAGAAUUCUCGGAUAUGAAGAACCUGAACCGUGUACAGAGCAAGCUGUAUCCUGUGACGUUCGGGACAGACGAGCCCCUGUUGCUCUGUGCUCCCACUGGUGCCGGAAAGACGAGCGUGGCUAUGCUUACAGUCUUGAACGAACUCGGCAAGCACCGCGACGAGCAGACCGGCGCAUUCGAUCUCGACUCGUUCGAGAUCGUAUAUGUCGCGCCGAUGAAGGCGCUCGUGCAGGAGAUGAUCGGCAACUUCAGCACGCGACUGGGUGUCUUCGGUGUCAAGGUCGGCGAGCUGACAGGCGACUCGCAAAUGACGAAACAGCAGAUCACAGAGACGCAGAUCAUUGUCACAACGCCUGAAAAGUACGACAUUAUCACUCGCAAGGGUACGGACACUAGUUACACAAACCUCGUUCGUCUCAUCAUCAUCGACGAGAUUCACUUACUGCACGACGAGCGUGGCCCCGUGCUGGAGAGGAUCAUCGCACGUACUAUCAGGCGGAUGGACCAGACAGGAGAGUACGUCCGCCUCGUCGGUUUGUCGGCAACGUUGCCCAACUACCAGGACGUCGCCACUUUCCUUCGUGUCGACCCUGCGAAGGGCCUAUUCUACUUCGACGCGUCGUACCGGCCUUGCGUCCUCCAGCAACAAUUCAUCGGUGUAACGGAGAAGAAGGCCAUCAAACACUAUCAGGUCAUGAACGAGGUCUGUUACGAGAAGGUCCUCGACCAAGCCGGCAAGAACCAGACGCUGGUGUUCGUGCACUCGCGCAAGGAGACGGCGAAGUCCAUUCGCGACAUGGCUAUCGACAAGGAGACCAUCACGCAGUUCGUCAAGCCUGAUGGCGCCACCAGGGAGAUCCUGCUCGAGGAGUCUAACAACGUGAAGGAUCCGAACCUCAAGGACGUCUUGCAGUUCGGCUUCGGAAUCCACCAUGCCGGCAUGUCGCGUGAAGAUCGUGGUCUCGUCGAGGAGCUCUUCGCCGACGGACAUCUGCAGGUGCUUGGCACCCAGAUCUACAAUCCCGAGAAGGGCCGUUGGGUCGAGCUUUCGUCACAGGAUGUGCUACAGAUGCUCGGUUGUGCUGGUCGCCCGCAGUACGACACGUUUGGAGAAGGCAUCAUCAUCACGAACCACUCCGAGCUGCAGUACUACCUGAGCUUGAUGAACCAACAGUUGCCGAUCGAGUCGCAAUUCGUCGCCAAGCUCGCAGACAACCUCAACACUGAGAUCGUACUCAGGACAAUUCGGAAUAGGGAUGAGGCAGUCCAGUGGUUCGGUUACACGUACUUACCCAGGACUCAGAAGUGCCAUCUCGUCAAGUAUGAGCGUGCGUCUGGCCGAUUCCACAGCACGGAGCUCGUCGUGUCGCAUUACUACGUCACGUACAACUCGAUGGCGACUUACCACCAACAUCUGCGCCUGACGAUGACGAUGCUCGAACUGUUCAGGGUGUUCGCCCUUUCGAACGAGUUCAAGCUACUUCCGCUUCGACAGGAGGAAAAGCUGGAGCUUGGCAAGUUGCUCGAGAGGGUCCUGAUCCCCGUCAAGGAGAGCGUCGAGGAGCCGGCAGCCAAGAUCAACGUAUUGCUGCAGGCCUACGUCUCACAACAGUCUGCUGGCCGUAUCUUGCGCGCGAUGUUCGAGAUCUGUCUUAAGCGUGGAUGGGCCGUCCCCGCGAAGGACUGUCACGCCCUCUGCGAGAUGGUCGAACGUCGCAUGUGGGGUUCCAUGACACCUCUCAGGCAGUUCAAGGGCGUCCCCGCAGAGGUCGUCCGGAAGGCCGAGGGAAAGCAGUUCCCGUGGUACCGGUACUUCGAUCUCAACCCGCCAGAGAUCGUUCAGCCCAUCACCCGCACGCUUCUCCGUAUUGACCUGACCAUCAUUCCCGACUUCCGGUGGGACGAGAAGAUUCAUGGAACAGCUGAGUCCUUCUGGAUCAUGGUCGAGGACGUCGACGGCGAGAUCGUCUUGUUCCAUGACACGUUCAUCCUUCGACAGCGAUAUGCAGAGGACGAACACAACGUGACGCUGACCGUGCCCAUGUUCGAGCCCGUCCCUCCCAACUACUACAUCUCCAUCGUCUCGGAUCGCUGGCUGCAUGCGGAGACUCGUCUCCCCAUUCUUUUCAAGCACCUCAUCCUGCCGGAGAAGUUCCCGCAACGUACACCUAUCCUUGACCUCCAACCGCUACUGCUUUCUGUUCUGCAUAACAAGGAAUUCGAGAGCAUCUAUUCUUCGACCAUCCAGAUUUUCAACGAGAUUCAAAUACAGUGGGAAGACCGUCUGUGCGGAGUCGCACUCCUGCGGCUCUGGAGCAAGCGUGGAGAACAAUGCGCGGUGUGCAUCGAGCCGUACCAGGAGAUGGUGGAUGUUCGUGUCGCUGAAUGGCGCAACAAAUUCGGCGGCCUUCAAGGCGGCAAGGAGAUCGUCAGUCUGACAGGAGAGACUAGCGCAGACUUGAGGCUGCUCGAGAAGGGAGACGUCAUGGUGUGCACUCCUGCCCAGUGGGACGUUCUGUCAAGGAGAUGGCGUCAGCGUAAGAACGUGCAGACGAUCGGUCUGUUGAUCGCCGUGAAAUUCAACUUGUCGGCGACCGAGAUCAAGACUCGCAUCGUCGCGUGCGGCGUAUCACUUGCGAAUGCUCGGGAUCUUGCAUUCAAUUCGAUGUUCUUUUCAUUAUACGAGCUGCCGACAACUAUGGGAUCGCGCACUCGAUCAGCCGCUCGGAAACAAGCCUCCGCUUCCAACGAUGGCUCCAAGACCAAGCGAGGCGCCGGCCAGCAGGAUCGUGCGAAGACCAGCAAGUCAGGCAGCGACUCAAUCCCGAACAUCAACACGUCUGGGCUAUCUCCUGCUGACCGACAGGCUCUUGCGAAGCUUCGCAAGAUGGCUCUGGAGGCUAGCAAGAGCGCAAAAGAGUCGCACCAGAAGGAUGUACGAAAAAGGUCCGCCGCAAUGAUGGUCAACGACCACCAGUCUUCUGGUGAAGAGGAGACACAGCCGGUAAGGCACAAGAAGAAGAAGGCCGUGUCAGAUUCAGAGCCUGCUGGAGACGAAGACGACAUGGAUGUCGACCACGAGGGUGAAGAGGACGAGGUCCCCGAAGACGGGGGUACUGCGGAUAGCUCAGAUGAGGCAGGGAAGAGCGGCAAGUCAGGCGGAAUGCAGUCCCAGACCAAGGUUCUGCCCAGGCCUCAGCCGCCUAGGUCUAAAGCAUCUAGCAAGGGACAACCUCAAUCACCGAGAAAGGCGGCCAAAAAGGCAACCAACCUCAAUGACGAGGAAGCCAGCAUCGCCCAGUCGCUCAGCAAGAUGGCGACAUCGAAGGCCAAGAGCAAGGCAAGGCAGACCACUGUUCUUUCCGAUGACGAGGGCAGCAACGCCGACAGCCACCCACAGACUACUACGCAAACCGCGAAGAAAGCACAGCAGGAUGUCUCGUCGUCUUCGACCAAGAACAAGCCUCGAGGAGGUGGAACAUCGUCGCAGGCCGCGGCAAAGGGCAAAGGGAAAGACAUUGCCAGAGUGGUCACCCAAGCGAAAUCUACGACGGACUCAGGCGCAAGCGACCUCGAUAAAAGUGACGACGAGCGCGACGCUGAACCAAAUGCCGAGGAUGUGGACGCAGACGAUGACGAGGAGGAUGAUGACAAGGACCUGGAGAAAGGAGGAGAGGAGGAGAGCAGCGAGAACGACGACGACGACGACGAUGGCGAUGACGACGACGACGACGACGUAGUGGUCUUGCGCGACGAGACGAGAGAGAAAGGAAAGCGUCGGCGAUCGAAGAGCACCCGCAACAAACGGGCGAAGGUAACAGAUCUCCCACUUGACCUCAGGGCGCUCGUCACCGCGUCCCAGAACUGCUUACGCCUUCGCAUCGCUCUCAACACAGCAUGGACGUCAGACCGCUCUAUUCCAAGCGACCGACUCCCUAGCAGAAACAAGAUCAUUCGCGACAGUGUGCAUGACGCGCAUGAGAUGCGCGACAAGAACGGCCGCCGCAUCAAAGCCCUCAAAUCUGGUUUCAAUAUGAUCAGCGAUUCAAAGAAGGGCGAUGGGAAGGUCAAGAAAGGCGAUGUCAAGGACGAGGAGGCGAAGAACGAGGAGGAGGCGCGGCGUGCGGCGCUACAGAAGGCUGUCUAUAACGUUUUUCGGAACGAGCUGAAGAAGAAGGCAAAGGCUGUUGUCGAGACGGUGUACGGCCUUCAUGGUCUAUCCGCUGAGCAGAGAAGCAGAGCAGCUGCAUGGCUGCUGAUGGCGCAUCCUACCCAGGUCAACGACGGCACAGGAUCGAGAAACAUCCCCAACUUUGUUUUCAGCGACAUCAACAUUGUCUUCGACGACCGCAAGCAGCUGAAUGUGAAGGAAAGUCGAUUCAACGAGGACGAGCCAUUCCGGCAUCCUGCCAUUUCGGAGCUGAUAUUCCAGCACUGGGCGUUGGGAGCGCGUGCGGACGCGAACCUUCACGCUGCCAUGGACCGAUUCUCUCAGGUCCCAGACAAUUUGAUUGCUCUGGUUUGCAACGCGAUUGAGAAUGCCCUGCUGGAGAUCAUGAACCACGGCUCCAAUUUCUUCACGAACAAGCUGUUCGCCGUCAAGUGGGAUGGUCUCAUUGCCAUCUUAGAGACCCUGCAAGAGGAACUUCCGGAGUACUACGACCAGACGAAGAAGGAAUUGUGGGGCCAUAUAUCCGGGCGACUCAACCUGAAUGUCAUCGAAGAAACCGAGCCUGUCGCCAAGGGCGCCAGCUUUCUCAAAUUCGACCGCAUGCGUGCGAAGCUCAGCACUAGGGCGACAUCUCCGUCUACCUCCGUCGCCGGGGCGAUAGCCGCGACGAAGUCUACGGCUAAGUCUACGAAUGCGAACACGAAUGCGAACGCGAACGCAAACGCGGCGAAGCCGCCCUCAAGCAAAGGGAAGCCUCCGAGCAUGAAGACGGCGAAGACAGGCUCAAAGUCGGCCUCAGCCAAUGCCAAACAUGCCGAACAGGACCCUGUCGACGACGGUGCUCAGACGGCUGGAGCGUCCAGUAGCAAUCUCGGUGCUGUGCAGGAUGGGUCGGAAGGCGAGGAGCCUGACGAGCCUCAACUUGAGGAGGAUGAGAUCGACGAGGGAGAGGGGCCCUGA